CUACUUGCGAUGGUGUGGUUCUGCAUCGCCACAUCGCACCGUUUCAAGGCAUUGAUGAACCUAUCUGCAGCUCUACGUCAAGUGUAACAUGCUAUCUCUAGCGCCGCGAAGAGAAUCUGGCAGCUCCAAGACUCUUGAGAGUCCAGAUGUUUGUGAUGCCCAGGACCUGACCGGGCAUAGGAUACGUUCUUUGCACGGCUUGUGGCUGAUUGCCACAAAUGAGUUAUACUUCGACAGCAUGCUGCUUCCUUUGAGCCUUAAGAAAGACCGGGCAGAAAUGCAGCCAGCACCAAUCAGCCAUAAAUGCCAUGUUGACAUCGCACCAGAUCGAGCGGUUGUCAGCACUGGCACGAGUGUUGGACGUUGUACGACAAGCCCUCCAAGCUGCAGAUGCCAACGGGUUCUGCUUUCUGCCUCUUCAUUCACGGCGAGAUUGCACACUGUUGCUGGGCCAAACUCUCCAACAGAUGUUCGAGAAGAGGCUAACCACCGAGUGUGUAGGAUAAUCCCCGGGUCUGCCCACGAAACUUGUAUAUAGUAUCGUGAUCACACACCUUGAUAGAUCCCAAGGACUCAAUCCAGAUCUAGGCGAGCUCAGCAAGUUAUACAUAUUCGUUUACGAUGUCUGUCUGC